CUAAACUUCCGCACAAGAAAAUCCAAAACUUCUCUCCCACCUCCGGAUAAAAUCUUCAAUCCGAUUCCAAAAACCCAGAAGAAGAAGAAGAAGAAGAAGAAGAGAGACAAUGGGUCGCACAGUUAUCUCCCAGUUUCUCAAUCUCUCUACUACUUCACCUCGUUUCCCGUCUUCACUGUUAAAAGGUCAAAUUAAAAAUGGGUUUCUGAAAAAAACCCAACAAAUUCAUCCUGGCAAUCUAAUUCUUCUUCAAAAUAGAACCAGUUCUCGUUGCUGCUGUAGCAAUGCUGCUCCUUCUGAAACUAACGAUGCUUCUGCAAGUUCUGAUUCUCCAGUUAGCUCUGUGAGGAAAAGGAUUGUAUCUGGAGUACAACCUACUGGUUCUGUACAUCUUGGUAAUUACCUUGGUGCCAUUAAAAAUUGGAUUACUCUUCAGAAUACCUAUGAAACAUUGUUCUUUAUUGUGGAUCUUCAUGCGAUUACUCUGCCUUACGAACCAAAACAGCUUUCCGAAGCAACAAGGAGCACAGCAGCUAUUUAUCUAGCAUGUGGUGUUGACACCUCCAAGUCUUCGGUGUUUGUGCAGUCUCAUGUGCGUGCCCAUGCAGAACUGAUGUGGCUACUAAGUGCUGUUACACCAAUUGGCUGGCUGAAUAAAAUGAUUCAAUUUAAAGAGAAGUCUCGCAAGGCGGGAGAUGAAAAUGUUGGAGCUGGACUUUUGACAUAUCCUGUUUUGAUGGCUUCUGAUAUUCUCUUAUAUCAGUCGGAUUUUGUACCUGUUGGCGCAGAUCAGAAGCAACACAUGGAGCUCACCCGUGAGCUGGCUGAGCGAGUAAAUUAUCUAUAUGGAGGAAGGAAGUGGAAGAAAAUGGGAGGACGGGGGGGUUCGAUAUUUAAGGUUCCUGAACCCCUUAUACCACCAGCAGGAGCCCGAGUAAUGUCUCUGACAGAUGGGCUUUCGAAGAUGUCCAAGUCAGAUCCUUCUGAUCAGUCCCGAAUCAACCUUCUCGACCCUAAAGACGUGAUAAAAAACAAGAUAAAGCGCUGCAAAACUGAUUCACUCCCUGGAUUGGAAUUUGAUAAUCCUGAUAGACCAGAAUGCAACAACCUUCUGUCAGUUUAUCAGCUCGUUACAGGAAAAUCAAAGGAGGAAGUAGCAAGAGAAUGUCAUGAUAUGAACUGGGGAACAUUCAAAUCCCUUCUUACGGAUGCUUUAAUAAAUCAUUUGCAUCCCAUUCAGGUACGUUACGAGGAAAUCAUGUCUGAUUCAGCUUAUUUGGAUGAUGUUUUGCUGGAUGGAGCUACGAAAGCUGCUGAUAUAGCAGAUGCUACUCUCAAUAAUGUUUAUCAAGCGAUGGGAUUCUUGCGAAGAUGAGAAGAAUCAAUACUGCAGCUAGAAUUGGUGCGAAGAGUUGGGUGUCCUUUUAAGCAAUAUUAUAACACCAUGACACCAGUUAGAAGCACAUGAAGGAUCUAUGAACAUUGAGAAAUAAAGUCAGUAGAUCGUAUUCCUGAAUUCUGACUAGGCAGAUUGCAUAUUAGAUCUCCAAAUUCUGCAUGAGAAUCAUUGAGAUCAGUUUGUAGGAUAAAGAUAUUUUGAUUUUUGUUUGUUAAGAAUCACCACUUACAGUAUGUUGUUUGUAAAAAGCUAUGUAGAUAUUUGUUUGUUUAGAUUCACCACUGACAGUAGAUUUU